UCUCCAAAGCGCUCAAAACUGCGUCCUUUCCAAUGGCGCUCUGCGGUGAAUGGAUUAUGGACACCGUGGAAGGCGACAUGGAAGCCGUGCUGAAAGAUCUCGGCGUGGGGUACAUGAAGCGCACCAUGAUGUACGGCAUCGGCUACGGCGUCAACGUGAUGGAGUUCCACAUCAAUCAGGAGGGCAGUAAAGUUCUCAUCACCGGGAAGACACCCUUGGGCGACAAGGAGAUGACUUUGGAGACGGGGGGCAAGCCGUUUGAUUACAUGGACCCCACCACCGACGAGCUGACCCAGGCCACCGCUCAGUGGGAGGGCGAGAAGCUGCGGUUGAAGACGGACAAGGAAGACUCGCUGCGGUACGUGGAGGGCGGGCAACUGGUCUUGGAGACCACCACCAGCAGCGGAGCCAAAGCUAUUCGAAAGAUGAGGCGCAAGUGAUUGGCACAAUGGCCACAUCGCGAGCCGGCGAGCCAGUGGCGAUAGAUAUUUUGUGUUCUCCCCUGAUGGGAAGGCAUCGGAUUUCCC